AUGUCCAAUUUAGAAAUAAAUAAAUCACCACAACAAUUACCAACGACAACACCUCAAGAGCAACUCCAACUCCUACUGCAACAACAGCAGGAACAGGAACAGAAGCAAGAGCAAGAGAAUGCAAUUAUGGUUGUUGGUGGUCAACCGACAACUCAGCAAACAACGACGGACGACAACACCUUGUCGACCACAGAGUUAUUAGACCCAAUGGCAUCAACACCACCAUCAACAACAAUAGCAGCAGCCGUAUCCACCGCCACCGACAAAGAGGAGCAAACCUUGCAGACAUUGGUGGCAUUGAAAAAUGAAGAGGCAAAUGAGUCCAACAACAGCCAACCUCAACAAGACCCCAUAAAAAGCCAACAACACCAAUCGGAACAUCAACAUCAAGUAUCAGAAGAAGCAGAACCAGAACAAGAACAAGAGCAGCAACAUCAACAUUCAAAUGAACAUCAGCAGCACAUAUCAUCGUCAUCAGCAACCUCUUCCUCUGAAACAGCUGCUGAAGCAGCCUCUUCAACAUCAUCGAAACAUCAAAUUUCACCUACAAUGCCAAUAAACAUCAACAAUAAAGUGGGAACAUCAACUUUUCAAAGGUCCUUGGCCAUCACAGAGAAUGCCGGCAAUGCAGCUAAUGGGGGUGGUGUUGCUGCCUCUGCUGCUGUUGUUGUUACCUCAAAUUCCUGCUAUACUUCGCAAAGCACUUCAUCAGCCAGCAUUGCUACUCCGCUCAGUCGCGGUCCCAUUGCGCAGGCUACUUUUGCGAUCAUUAUCACAGAACACAUAAUUGUAUUGCCUAUGAGAAUUCCCAUCUCCGUUGUUUUUAUUUUGCUCUGUAAUUUUUGUUUAACAAAGACCAUAUCCCUAUUUGCUGCUGCUUCCACUGCUACUGCUGUUGCUGCUCCUGUUAUUUGUUGUCUUCCACUUUACAGGCAUUCGGCCGUAGAGGAACGCGUAGGCAAACAAACCCCACCGCAACAGGACCCACGGAAAGGGAAGCAAAAAAUAAAGAAAAAUACCCACAAGUAA